AACCCCAACGAAAAUGGUGGGUGGCGCAAUGAAAUAAGUGUAAACAAAUGUUCUGAAAGUGCCAGUAGCAUUUAUUUUACGAAAGACGGCCAGCAAAGAUAACUUUGGAUUCAGUAUAAAGCGGAAAUGAACUCUUAUCUUAUCUCACAAUAAUAUCUUGCAGAAUAAUUCAAUAGCAGAAGUACUCAGAUUGUAUGUAUUUAACACAUUCAACAAAGCACUGGAUAUCGAACAAACAACAUAUUUCGCGUAUUGCGAUAAAUAACUUCGUUGUUGUUACCAUAUAAUAGCCGAGAAAGUUUUUAAAGCAUUGUGGUGUACGUGGCAGUCUACAAUUUGUUUACACAGCAGCUAGAAUACGAAAGUAUAAGUGCACGUACGUAUUUCGCUUAGGAAUCUCUUCGCAAUGUGUGGCAUAUUCGCGUAUAUCAACUACUUAACUCCCCGUUCGAGACAGGAAAUUCUAGAACUACUAUUAAAUGGUCUUAAAAGAUUGGAGUACCGUGGCUAUGACUCGACUGGUUUGGCUAUUGAUGACCCCGAAGCAAGUGAUCAGGGUAAUAUUAUAAUUGUACGGCGCACAGGCAAGGUUAAAGUCUUAGAAGAUGCAAUAGCGGAAGUGUGCAAUAGCGAAGCAUACAAAGUACCUAUCACAACUCAUGUCGGUAUUGCGCACACACGUUGGGCUACGCAUGGGCCACCUUCUGAAACUAAUUCUCAUCCUCAACGUUCCGAUGAGGAUAACAGUUUUGUGGUCGUACACAAUGGCAUCAUUACAAAUUACAAAGAUGUGAAAACCCUACUGGAGAAGCGUGGCUAUGUUUUCGAGUCGGAAACUGAUACUGAGGUAAUCGCUAAAUUGAUUCAUCAUUUGUGGCGACAACAUCCAACUUACUCGUUUCGCGAGCUUGUCGAACAAGUCAUUCUCCAAUUUGAAGGCGCAUUUGCAAUUGCUUGUAAAUCAAAGCAUUUUCCUGGAGAAUGUGUAGCCUCACGACGAGGUACGCCGCUAUUGGUGGGCAUUAAGUCUAAAACACGUUUAUCCACUGAUCACAUUCCAAUAUUGUACGCAAAGAAGAAGCGAGCCUAUGGAAAAGCACUGCCAGCGGAAAUAUCGUUGCCCCCCCGUUUCGACGAUACGCCAGCCGAGUACCAACCUUUGGAAAGCAAAGAAGUCGAAUAUUUUUUCGCAUCAGAUGCCAGUGCGAUAAUUGAACAUACUGACCGCGUAAUCUAUCUCGAGGACGACGAUGUGGCAGCAGUUAAAGAUGGUGCGUUAAGUAUUCAUAGAGUAAAGAAAUGCUUAGAUGAUCCUCAUGCUCGGGAAAUUACGACACUGAAAAUGGAGAUUCAGCAAAUUAUGAAAGGCAACUACGAUUCGUUCAUGUUGAAAGAGAUUUUCGAGCAGCCGGAAUCGGUGGUUAAUACAAUGCGCGGCCGAAUGUUCUUUGAAACCAAAACUGCAGUAUUGGGUGGCAUUACAGAGUUUAUUCCAGAGAUUAAGCGUUGUCGUCGUUUAAUUCUGAUUGCUUGUGGCACAUCGUACCACAGUGCUGUAGCUACCCGUCAACUGCUUGAGGAACUCACUGAAUUACCGGUGGUAGUAGAGUUGGCCUCUGACUUUAUGGAUCGCCAUACACCAAUUUAUCGCGAUGACGUCUGCUUUUUCAUAUCGCAGUCAGGAGAGACGGCGGAUACUUUAAUCGCAUUGCGCUAUUGCAAGCAGCGUGGCGCACUCAUCGUGGGCAUCACUAAUACUGUGGGCAGCAGCAUAUGUCGCGAAUCGCAUUGUGGAGUGCACAUUAAUGCUGGUCCUGAAAUAGGAGUAGCAUCCACCAAGGCGUACACAUCACAAUUCAUUUCGUUAGUUAUGUUCGCACUGGUCAUGUCGGAGGAUAGACUAUCACUACAACCACGACGUCUGGAAAUUAUAUACGGCCUAGAAACACUCGCCGAUCAGAUACGUAAAGUAUUACAGCUGAAUUCACAAGUACAGGAGUUGGCUAAGGACUUGUAUUUGCACAAAUCACUAUUAAUAAUGGGACGCGGAUACAAUUUCGCUACAUGCCUUGAGGGUGCGCUAAAAGUGAAGGAAUUGACCUACAUGCACAGUGAAGGAAUAUUGGCGGGCGAGCUGAAACACGGACCCAUUGCGCUGGUGGACGAUGAGAUGCCAGUGCUGAUGGUUGUCAUGCGCGACCCAGUAUAUAUGAAAUGUAUGAAUGCAUUGCAGCAAGUAACAGCGCGUGCCUGUCGACCAAUAAUUCUAUGUGAAGAGGGUGAUGAAGAUACAAAAGCUUUCUCAUCUAGAACUUUAGAAAUUCCACGAACAGUAGAUUGCCUACAGGGUAUACUCACGGUUAUACCAUUGCAGCUUCUAUCAUAUCACAUAGCUGUAUUACGUGGCUGCGAUGUGGACUGUCCACGUAACUUAGCGAAAUCUGUAACGGUGGAGUAGUAAAGCUGCAUGAUAAAUAGUUUCUAGGGAGGAAGAACUUACACCGCAAACCAAUUACACAUAUGUACAUGUUUUUAUUUUAAGAGAAAUCUGUUUAUUUUCGUAGUAAAUCAUAAAUAAGCAUUUUAAACUAUUUUAA